ACUUUACAUUUGGCUCUGUUUGACUUCAUUUCAUACAGGGCCAGCGUGCACUUUGACCGAAAGGAAAUCCUGUGCCUGCUCAGCGGUUGGAGAGUGAGCUCUCUAAAGCCAACAUUUAGACAAAAGAUCUUCACAGCUUAUUGCUGUUUUUAGGAAGAUAAAGUGGGAUUGAAGAAUUUUACAAAGCAGAGAAGGACGUACUGGAAAGAAUAACUGUCAAGUUAUACAAUGAUGGAAGAGGUUAAAGAAGCUACAUCAGCUCUGAGUGUCCAUAGUCACAACAUCAAGGUUACAGAGUUGUUGAAAGACGGGGACACUCUCACCUUCCUUGUUAUAUCUCAAAAACUGUCGGGGACUGGAGAGUUCCAUGUGGUUCGGAUCUACGAUGACUUUGAGUGGCUGCAGCAGCAUCUUUUCUCCCAAGAGGAUGUGCCCGGGUUGCAGGGAGUCAUAUUUCCUCCUCUUCCUCCGAAGGCCCAGGUGAACCCAUCUGCCAAGGUGAUGAAACAGCUUGGCCUCCUUGGUUUGGGAGAGUGGCAGCCGUACUGUAAAGCUAUGGAAACCUUCAUCCGGCAGGUUGCUGCACACAGCACACUCAGCAAAAAUACAGCUCUGGAAAUUUUCCUUACAAGCGCAGAUCCACCAGGCAAACAGAAAGCAAGGAAAGGCAUUUUCAACCGGCUGAGCCAUGCUGUGGAGGAAAAGAGGAAAAAUGGCCAUAAGGACGUGGAUGAGUUCUUUCAAACUGAGCGUGAUCAUAACAUUCUUCUGACUGGCUGCACCAAGACUGCAGCUGAGAAAUUCCUGGAUGUGGUGCUGACUGAGCAAAAAAUAGCGGUGGCCUGUGGGCACUUCGCCGCUGCCUUGCAACUCUUUGUGGAACCAGGGGAGGACCCAGCCAAACAAGCUUUCACAAAGGCUUGUGUGAAAUUAUCUGAGGUCUUUAAUUCUAUACAGAAAAAUAUGACAAGUGUUGCUGAGAACAACUUCAACACUGUCGGUCUAGGCCUGGACCUGGAUUCACGCUACCAGGAGGCCGAAAAGGAAAUGCUCUUUAGGAGAACCUGUAAACUGGUGGAGAUGGAGAAUGCAAGAAGGAAUGCAGAGAAGGCCAAACCUGCCAAGAAAGCUGCUAUGGAGGAGGCGAAGGAGGCAGCAGAGGAAGACUUUGCUCAGAUUUGUGAAAUGGCUAGAAACGAGAUUAAACACUUCCAGAACGUGCGUGUGGAGAUUUUCCACCAGGCUCUGGUUCAGUGGUGUGAAAAGCAGCUUCUUACAGCCAAAGAAAAUGCUGACCUGUUCAACCAGCACCUGCAGGCCUUUAAAGAGAUGGCCUAGUGACCCCACUGGAUCCCUCCUAAUGAAGCGUCCUCAGUGUGUCUAAAUGUAGCAUUGGAUAUGACCUAAACAGGUCCUUCAGCUUGUUUUGGCCUGCUUAUUGUAGGCCGUUUUUUUCUCUUUUUAAAAUCUUAAACAGUUAAAAAAAAACAUGUCACGAAGAGGAAUUGAAACCUUUGUGAUAAUAAAAUCAUAUUUGUUCUGUGUUUGCACUCGUUCCAAUAAAGCCUGAGUUGAA